AAAAAAAAUUUUACACAAGAUAUUACUUAUAGACUUAAAAAAUUUAAUUAAUCCACAUACAAUGAGUAUUGAGACCUUUAUAUUUCCCAAAUCGAAUGUAAAAGUCUACGUAAGACCCUUACCACGACCCGAUGAAGAUUAUGAAUGUAUAAAAGUUUUGGAUGAUAAGAAAUCAAUUUUAGCAAAAUGUUUACAAAAUUUUAGUUUACACCCACAACAGCCAGAAUUUUAUUGGAAAUAUCAAGUUGACGAAGUUUUUUAUAAUUCAAAUCAAAAAGAAGUUUAUGAUGUUGUUAGCGGGGAUUGUAUCAAACAAGCGCUUGAAGGUAACAGUACUGUUUUUAUAGGGUAUGGCCAAACGAAUAGUGGAAAAUCGUUUACUAUGAACGGCCUGUAUCAUAAUUAUCAGCAACGUGGUAUUGGACCUCGAAUUAUUUCAGACUUGUUAGAAACGAAAACGAAAUAUGAACAUGAAUAUAAUAUUGAAUUUGGUAUGUCGUAUUGUGAAAUUCGGGGAACUGAAUUGUAUGAUUUAUUAAAUCCUGAUGAUAAUUCGAAUAAAAUUAAUGUUUCAAAAUAUAGGAAAUUUGAUAAUAUUACGUUAAUGAUUGUAACAAGUGAAGAACAAGUUUUAAAUCUUUUAUUUCAAGGUGAAGGCAGGCGUCAAAUUAAUAAGAAAGCGAAAUUUGCGCAUUCACAUUUAUGUAGUAGUAUUUUAACCUAUUACAUAGUUGCAACAUCUACAAAUUCAAGUUUUCCCAUUCAAAAACUAGCUAAGGUACAAGUUGUGGAUUUAGCUGGUGUAGAUAAAACCGGUAACAUUACAUCUUUGGGAAAAACAGCUGUAGAUGUUGGCCUAGCAAACAAAGAUUUAACAUCUUUAAAAACAUUCUUAACACUUUUACAUCCUUCAAAGUUUAAAGAUGUUGAUAUGCAAGGAAUUCGUCGACAUUCAUUAUUAGUACAUUUUCUUUCCGAUACGGUAAAUGGAAAAUCUUUCCUCAGAUUUAUCUGUAACAUUAAAACUAAUAAGCAAUAUCAUCCAAUUACUCUAUCCAUGUUAAGAAUAACUCAAACGAUUAAAGGAAUUAAACCAACAAAAUUAGAUCCAAAUACAAGAAUUCAGCCAGAAGCACAAAUUGCAAUGUUGCAAAAACUUUUAGAGCAAUACAAACAAGAAAUGAUACGUAAUGCGAUUUUUAACGACGAAGAAUUAGAAAAUUAUAUGUGUAAAAGUCGUUGGGAACAUUUGAAACGUUUAACAGAGGAUUAUCUAAAACACAAUUCUAGUGAAUUAAAUAUAACCAGUUAUGGUCAAGUAAAACCAAUUUUAUACAUUAUGCGUGACAAAUAUUACGAAUUAAAUGAAGAAUGUACCGUUGUAGCAAAAAAAGAAUAUGAGAGAGGUUUAGCAGAGGCCUCUCAACAACAAGAAGGAUCAAAAGCACGGAUAACGACGCCACCAUUGCCAAAUCCAGCAAAAGUAAAAAGAAAAGAUUCCAAACCUUCGCUAGCAAAAACAAAUACGCCUCGAACAACAGCUGAGGUUCCCGAAUCAGUGGUAUCGGUACCAGAAUCAACAGGUGAACUAAAUCUAGCCUAUGGCAGAGGUAUCGGUCCAGGUAUAAGUGCAGCAGGUAAAGCUGGUAAACCAGUUGAUUUGAAAGAAACAUCAAAUGAAUCGAGUGCACAAACAAUUGCACUGAAUCGUGAAGAUUUAUGGUCGAAAUUUAUGACAACAGAACCGGCUAUAACUCUAACUGAUAAACUUACAUUGGCUCAAGGGCGAAAGAAUAUGGUAAUAACAGAAUAUAACAAUGGUGUUCAAACUUUAAAUAAAUAUCAUCAGGAAUUGGAUCAUAAAAAACAAGUACUUCGACAAGCUCAAAUGCGUCGAUAUUUGUAUAAACAUGAAGAGUAUAAUCCUGAUGGUUUGAUACUUCCAACCGAUGAGGAAAAACAAUGUUUAUCGAACAUGUACGAGGCGAAAACUAUGUUACGUCAACAAAUUGAUAAUGUGACCGUCUUACAAUCGGAUAUUAGAACGGCUAAUGAUGAAAUUCUUAAGCUACAAACAGAUAUAGAAAACGCAUUUCAAAGUUAUUGCUUGGAACAUUAUGAUACAUUUGCACCAAAAUUAGCUGUACCCAAUUCAAAAACUAGUGUGAUUUCUAAAAACGCUGAAGAUGUGGUUGUAACACCUGCUGAACCAGUUCGUGAAUUAUACCGUCGAUCAUCGUUUAACACAGAUGUUGAGCGUUCGUUUAAAAAUCAACAAAAGAUCAUGAAAAAGGUGGCUAAAAAUAAGCAAUUGAGUGAUUUUCAUAAAAAUCGUAAAUGGGUUUCAGAUUAUAAGCAUUAA